AUGGAGAAGAGUUUAAUUUCCGUGGAAGUAUGUAGACUGAUUGAGGAGGAACUUGGCAUUGACCGAUCGCGCAUUCGACCAUGUUUUGACCAAAGUAGAAGCCGUGUCAGCUGUCUAGUAAGUGAGACUACUCGUCUUAUCUUGACGUACCAUUAAAUCACAUUUCUUGCGAUUUCUCCUCUGGAAGAUUUUUGAUAUCAUGUGGUUAUAAUUUUUUUUUUGGGGGGGGAUUCUGGAAGCUUAGGUAAAGCUAUAAAAUGCGAUGCAACACACGUGUAGGAUUAAUGCAAGCUUAUUUAAGCUUUCAUUAGAGUUAUGGUGUGCUUGCUUUUUUUAAUUCUCACAAGCUGAAACGAUGUCGAACACGAUGUUUCAUUUUCUGAUGGAAAUCGUUAAUUUCUUCAUCACCUCAUAUAUGCAGGAUCCAAUCUAAGUUGUGCUUUAAGUUUAAAAGACACGAUAGGUAUUUCCUGAAAAGUUGGAUUCGGUGAAACGUCAAAGUCGUCGAUGGUUUCUGUAGCAAAGAACAGUAUGACUUUUAUUCUGGUUAGCGCACAUCUUUGUUUCCCAUAAGUUAAACUGUUUCUUCUGAAGUGUAAAAUAUUAGUGUAUCAUAACCUGCAGCGAGACAAAUAUGACAGCUCUACUGACUGUGAACUCUUGUAAACACUGCACAGAUUCUCACGAGAAUCGGCCGACACAAUUUACAUGGUGGGCUCACUCACCUGUCCAAGCUGUAGACUAAACAAUCGAUGAAUGAUGAUUAUGUGAUAUUUAAAGCUACCAAGGCUAUGCAAUGGUAUCAUUCACAAUUCAUGAAAGUGACUUUGCUCGUGGAAGUAUACACCCUCUUAUCUCCUCUGGCUAUAUACCUACCAUCCACAGAGUGCCUCAUUCAGUCCAGGGCUCAUGUAUGUACUUAUUGACUUACUGGUAUUUGAAGGGCAAAAUAAUUGGCUUUAAAGCCAUGAUGUUUGGACAGAUGGCAGUGAGGUGUAUGCAUCCUGACUGAUAGCCGAGUAUUUUUCUUUCCAGCUUGACCAAACUCGGUGAAUAAAAUAAUAUAAAUUUUUUUCAUCACCCAAACUGCAGUGUUAUACAAGGAUUUCAAGCCCUGAGAAAAGCUGUAACAACACUUGUCAAAAAAUAUGUAGUUUUCCAUGUGUGUUUGAUAUUCCCAAUCAGCUGCUGACACAUCACUCUUCUUUCACAUCACUCUGUCUUGCUGAUGAAUGAAAGGUAAAGCCUUCACCAUUCUCAAUCCAAGGUCGUUUGUCAAAUUUUUUUCUGAUUAUGGCUGCUAAAACACUGAAAAAUUUGUAUUGCUUUGAGACACUGAUGUUCAAAAUUUCCUUGAAGGGGAAGAAAGCCAUAAUACAAAAAGAAAAACCCUAAGUUGCAUUCUUAAUGGCUUUGGUAAUGGCAUUUCUGGCAAGAACAAAAACUGACAAUUUAAAGAAUUGCCACAGUGUGAUUUUGGUGGUGUUCCUGAAAAUAUUUCUUCUGAUGGCAAGGAAAAACUCAACAACUGAGGAAGUUGAAAAUUGAAAGUUAUGCUCGUUGUUUGUUUAUGUAAAGAUUCAACAUGUUUUUUAUCCUGAGCCUUGUAGCCACUGCACUUGACUACUUUUUUGCUGGGAUGGAUCCAAUUUCUUUCGUUCAUUGUUAAAGUUAGACUUUUUUGCAGGGAUGGAUCCUAUCUUUUUCAUUCAUUAAUACAGCUGACUUUUCUUGUCUGUAAAGGGUGUUUAUCACUUGUAAGCCAUCAAGUGGAACACUCCAAGAGAAAUUCCUUAUCUACACAUGCCCAUGUAUUAUUCACUUUAUAACAUGACCACUUCUUGUAGAUCUUAAAGAUUUGUUUAAUUAUUUGUCAAACUUAAAUACAAUGUAGGAUGCAGUUAAGUGUAUAAGAAAAGUGUAAGUCCACAUUCAGAAUCCAUGCUGUCAGAAAAUGCAACAGAGCUGUGAGAAUUGAGGGCGGGGUGGCUUUCUGUACCUCAACCUUUCCAGCGUUCAUGGUUUUAUAUAUGAUUGCUUGAGCAGGAAGGUAUUUUUUUUUUACUCACAAUGUUAACUCCAACCUAAUUUAGCUAUAUUUUAAUGCAGACCCUCAGCUUUUAAGCACAAUUAAGGAUUUAGAGUGUUUUUUAGAAAUGGAAUACUUCCAAACUAAAACAGAUGCACCAUAGAAAAGAUUAUGAUACACAUGAAAAGGUUGACCAGACCUAGGGGUCAGAUGAAAAGUUCUCAAGACCCAUGCUUUUUCAAGGCACAAUUUGGGGGCUCUUUUUUGAGGUUAUGACAUUGUGGAAAUUGUAAUCAAUUAAUUGCACCAUUUAUUGGUUGGAUAGAGGAUUUAAUUAAUUCUAGCCAACUUUUAUUCAGUUCAGGUUUUUGGAAAGAAUUCCUGGAGUAUUUUGUACCCUUUGAUACAUUAAAUACUAUUGCAUUUUUAUUAUACUCAAAAGAUAAAGCUUAGAAAAAAAUCCUCUUUUUUGUGGUAAGAUCAUGUGGUACACAUGUUAAAAUAGAAAUUUAAUCGAAAUCUUUAAGUUAGUUUCAUUAAUUUCUGUUCUCCAACUUCUUUCUCUCACCAGGUUCAUGAUGGUUGGCUUCAGAGGUACAUUUGUGGGCUCUCAUCUUAUGAGGAGUCAGGAAAGGUAUCACCAUGGAGCCCCUAUGAACAUCAGCUCAUUUUACAGCCCUCCCACCCUGAGCCAGCUGUGCCAUGGAAUCGAAUCAGCAUUUAUGUUAUUAAGAAGCCAGUAAGGAGGGAACUGUUAAGAAAAAGGUUAAUCUCUUUACUGUGCUAUUUUAAUCAUGGUAUUUUUAAGCAUUAAUCAUUAAUGGUUUACCUGACAGUGUAGUCACUUCAGAAGUGGACGACAAUAGUCAUCUUCAAGUAAUGAAGUCAACUGGUCGUAUGCCACCUUGUGGAGCACUAUGCUCUACUGUUAGAUUGGUUGAGUUUAAGACCUGUGAUUGGCACAUUACAGUUUAUUACCUCAACUAUUAAGAGGUGCAAUAUUUCAAAUUAAUUUAUACCACAUUGGUGAAUAGUGCUUUUUGCCUGCUCAUUGAAGAGUUUGGAAGUGAUUGGCAAGUACCAUUUACCUCUGAGCAGCUGAAAAGACAAAUGGCAUGUCAACAAUUUAAUUUUUGACAAUUUUUUAGUCAACUGACAGGAAUACACUUAUUUUUUUGGUUUCUGUGUGGUAUGUAUUAAAGCAAUUAUUCACUUCAGUGGUGGAUAGUGACCUAGUGGUUUCGCAGGUAGGUAAAUAAUCAUCAUUAUUCACCUCCACUUCAGUGAAUAAUUGUUUAUUACAUGAGGUAUGUUUAAAGUCAUAUAAUUUUAAAUUUUGAUCACCAUUCAUGAGUGGAUUACAUGUAUCAAUCUGGCUCUCAAUUUUCUCUUUAAUUUUUGUUGUAUCAUUUGAAUAAGUCAAACUUCCCUGAUUGCCUGACCUGCAGAGGGAUACCUAAUACAUACAAGGACUUGAUAUUGUAAACUGCUGUCUUUCUUUCACUCACAAGAUCAAAACUUCAAUUGUCUGCACUGUCUUUAUACAAUUCUCUUCAUUUUUAUUUCAGGAGUUUGGUGCUAAAUCAAACAAUAUCCCUCAAUAUAUAUUUUGCUGUAUUUUGAUCCUUCUGCUGCCUGGAAUUGUAUUAAUGAUUUGAGGAAAAACUCCACUCUGGUCCCUCUUUUGAAUUACUUGGUUGUAUUCCCCUUGAUUAUUAAACUUUGUAGCAGUUUUUGGAGGGGGAUUAAAAACAGAAAGGAGGGGGCUGAGGGCCUACAGCAGAAUCACACACAUUUUAAAUAUGCGGCAACACAAUAACAAUAACAACAACACAAUAUUAAUCUACUGCCUUCUGAUUAAGCUUCGAAACUUCACAAAAUUUCAAUCUUUUGAACAAAUCUCAGACUUCUGAGCCUUCUAUGCAAUUGACAUAGAUUUUUUGAAAAAUUUAACAGUUAUUUCCCACAGUACAUUUGAAUAUGGAAUGUUACUUGAGAUGAUUGAUAGCACUCUUAACCAUUAUGGUUUUUCAGCUUUCCUCAAGCUCUUGGAAGUGGAGUGGAUAAUGAAGGGAAAUGCACUGUGUUGUCUUAUGCUGAGCUGGUGCAGUGUGUGGGUGUACAUAACUUGCGACACAGUUGGGAGAGUUCCCUGGAUAGUUACCCUCUAGCUGCCCAGUGUGUUCAGCCCACUCAGGCAAAAAAGGAAUCGGACAAGGUAUUAUGCCAGAGAAGCAUUUCUUUGAGUGAUUGUAAUCCAUAUACCUCAUUGCAAUCCAUGUCAAUUGUCCCAAUUGAUGACUAUUCACUUCUUUCUGAACUACUUGGAAGGUUUUUCUGUUAUGAUGUUUCUGACCUCUUAGUAACCAUUGUUUUAAAUUUCUAAAACUGGUUACUUACUGAUUACUCCAUUAUCAAAGUGUCAUUGAAAUAUGAAUCUGAACAUUCUCCAUAUGAAAUUAAAUAGAACCUUUAUAUUAAAACAGUUUACCAAUCUUAGGAGGGUUAAGGGAGACAAACCAGGAAGUGGAGCAAGCAAGAGAAAAAACGUUGAUGGACUAAAGAGACUGAAUUACUUCACCUUAUCUCCACCAAUUUCUGCCUUUGCUGCUAUUUUGCUUGUCUCUACUGACCAAGCACCCGACUCAGGCCAUUUUCCUAGUUGCAGAGUCUGGCAUGCAUGAGAAUAGAAGUUUCUUAGUAAAUAGAUGGUCAUGUGUUCUCUUUCAGAAUGUUGUUGAUGAAAUGCUCCUGCAAGCUUAUGGUUUGUGUUCACGAAAACUAUUCCCAGAUACAGAGAGUGUGGAGCAAAGUAACUUCAGUUCCACCGCUGAACGUGAUGCGUUUGAUGAUUUCAAGGAGGAAUCAGAGGGCUCGUCAUUAUCCCUUACAAUGAGACAGAAUGUUGUUCCAUUUAUUUGUGCACUUGAGGGACAGUCUGCUUACUUCCUCAUAGAACCAUACUUCCAACACAGUCUCCACAACAUGGUCACAUUUAGUCCAUCUGUGCUUUCAGGCUCAAACACGAGGCCUUUGUUUAUGAUUUACGAACUUCUCCAUGCACUUCACUGGUACCACAGCCAUGGCAUAGCACAUGGGGCAUUAAACUUGCACGGGAUUAAAGUCAAUAAAGGGUUGUGGAUUUAUCUUGAAUCACCAGACUUUUUUCAUGGUUGUCAGCCAGAUUUUGAUGCGUCAGAAGUGGAUGGGGUUGCGGGCGAUAAUGUUUCAACAGCUCGACAGUCAGAUGUGAGCAGAUCGAUGAUUUUGAAUUACACAGCAGAUGAUUUACCUCGUCUUGUCGAGCUAUGGGUACAUGGCAAAAUUAGCAACUAUGACUACCUAAUGGCGCUGAACUUCCUCGUGGGUCGUAGACUUGGCGAUCCCAAUUAUCAUCCAGUUUUUCCGUGGGUGACAGACUUCUCUGUCCGAGAUGGCGGAUACCGGGACUUGAAGAAGUCCAAGUUUCGUUUGAACAAAGGAGACAGACAGCUUGAUGUGACGUACAAAGCAGCUUUGUUGGACAACAGCCAGGAUGGUGCACCACCUCAUCAUGUGUCGGAUGUACUGUCUGACAUAACAUAUCAUGUCUACCUCGCACGAAGGACUCCGAAAUCGGUUCUUUGUGAUCACGUGAGAACUAACUGGGUCCCAAAUGAGUAUCCACCCAGUAUGGAAAGGCUCUACCACUGGACACCUGAUGAGUGCAUCCCACAGUUCUUUUCUGAUGCAAACAUCUUUGAAUCUGUACACGAGGAUCUGUCAGAUCUGGAGCUGCCAUCAUGGACGAGUUCUGCAGAGGAGUUCAUUUGCUGGCAUCGAUCUGUUUUAGAGAGCGACACUGUGUCUGCUAAUUUGCAUCACUGGAUUGACCUGACAUUCGGGUUCAAGCUUGCUGGCAGAGCGGCAGUGAAAGCUAAGAACGUUUACCUCCAUCUGAUUGAUAAACACCAGACGCUAAGCAAUCAUGGUGUCGUGCAACUCUUUACAGAACCCCACCCGGAGAGAGCGCAACCCUGCUUCCCUCACACAAAUACCCUUUUUCUUGGGCGAAGAGAUCAUGAAAUCCUGGACGGAAGAAUAAUACGGAAUUUUACACAUUCAGACCUUGAUAUAAUGGCAGACAAGUCUUCUGCACUUGAAGAAUCUGUUAUGUCUGUGGACAGCUCUACCGAGAGUGAUUUUAUUCUUGGCCAUCAGCCGAGAGUAUCGACUGAGGGGAAAGAACACAACAGCAAACUGGUUCUCACCCAAGUUAAAGAAUCCAUAAACGAAGAUGACGUGCCUAAAGGUGCACAGUUUGAGCCAAUACCCGUUCCAACCAACUACAACCCUCUUGAAAUGUUGGAGAGAUUUGAAGCUCUGGAGAAUUUUAAAAACCAGUUUGGUCCUAGAGGUGAAACAUCUCUUGGCAACCAUGAAAUAAAGGUAAGACGUGACAACGAAAAGAGAUAACAAAAUGUGACCUUGUUUUAGAGAUCUAAUCUUCAAUAAGCGUAGGUAUUCCUCCUCGUACCUAGCAAUCGAAAGAUUACUUGGUACAAGAGAAAGCCGGAAUCGAGAUUGCAUGUUGUUUUAUUUCUAAUGGUGUGAUUUCUGUCACUGAUAACAGUCCGAUGUGAGCGCUAAUUUUUCCAAGCUGGUCCAAGCAGACAUGGUAAGUCUUGGGUGUGCGAUAGUGGAGAUGCUUCUUCCUAGUAAAGUACAACUGGCUACCUGUGGACUCACUGGGAAACUGAGAAAAGAAGCCAUCAUACAGCUUUGUCAAUCAAACGACAAACUCUUGCCAAGGUUUGUGAAGUCAUAAAUGCAUUGAACCUUUUAAAUUGUGGUUGUUUUUUGACAAAAUCAUAUAAGGUGAACGUACAGCCUUUUAACAGAGUGCAUUGCCGAUCUACCUUUAACUUUGCACCAGAUCAGACCUAGAAUGUUAGGUUACCGUCUCAUUUUUUAGCUUAGAUUGCAAUGGAAAGAAUGAUGUCACGUAAAUUUCAUUUUACUUUCCUAGCAGGGAUUUUGCGUGACGCACGUCAGCGUCGAGGUUUGCUUAGGGAGAGAGUUCAUUCUCUGUUGUGUGAUGCAGCCUCUAUUGUUUUGUUUUUAUUUUUGUUUUUGUUUUUUUUCAGGUAUGCUCGGGCUGCUGUCCAUGCCCUUCUCACAGAGGGAGAUAAAGAUUCCCAUGAUGCUUUGCUGCCUCGUCUCGCAGCGGAUCUAUUGCUUCAGCCUCACCUUGGCUUGUUUCCGUUUCCCUCAUAUUUCAGUGCACUACACGAUUUCUUGGCCGCAUUCUAUCACACAGGUAGAAAAAUAGAACCAAGCACCUACAAAUCCAAGUUACAGGAUAGUUUAGUAUUUUUGAGAGGGGAGGCUGGAUAUACUGUCGAACAAGUUGACAUAGCAGCGUCUUUUCUUCCCGAUUUGCUGUCCAUUGUGGAUGACGAAGGUAUUAAACUGCUUCUGUACCACUUGGAGCCAUUAUUCACCUGUCUAGAGACUCGGCUUCAUGCUUGUACUCAGCUCUUUGACAUGUUAGCACAAGCUCUUGGGCCAAAGAACUCAAUCAAAUCGUUCCUGAAGUGCCUGGUGAGCCUUUUUGAUUCCCACGCUUUAGAUGUUUACGAAGUUAUUGCAAAGCAGACGUUUUUGUCGCAGAUCAUUGUACGAUUUGGAUUAGACGGGUUUCUCAAACAUGUCAUCAGCUUUGUUGUGGACGCAGUUUCCUUCAAUUCCAAAAUGGAGUCGAAGGCUGAUAAGAUUGAUAGGAUCUCUGUCCACAGUUCAGAGGAUGCAACCUCCGGCAUCGUUUGUACAGAAAUGGAGUACAGUGCGAAAGGUGUUCCCUUAGACAUAGAUGAUCUGGAUCUGCCUGGUGAUUUCCUUCGAGAGGGCUCCGAGGAUCAAGAUGUUCCGAUAGGGAGUUUUUCAAUGGGUAUUGAAGAAUUUGAGACUGAGGGAAAGUUCGCAAUUACCCACCAAAAUCUUGGUCAAGCUCGUGGCGGCGAAGGGAAAGACGAGGUCGAACAAGUAACGUUGUUGCCAAGAGGCAUUAUUGACGAUGAAGUAGAUGCAAGAUUAUUUCAAGGACACAUUUCAGAUGAUGAAGAUAACGCUGGAGAUGAUGAGCCAACAAACAGGGGACAUGUGAGCAAGAUUGUGUCCAUAGAAAGGAUCUGUGAUUUUAGUGAUUGUACAGUUCUUGACAGUGGAGCUAUGGAGGUGGAGGACAGGUCUUUGACAACUGCUACUGACGCUGACCAGGUCAGUGCUUGUGGUGAUGACAACACUAAAGGCAGAGAGCUUGAGGGUGUGAUUGCCAAUGCUUGUGAAGCCUCUGAGAGGGAGAAAAAUUUUAAACCGCUGGAUAGUCUGAAAGUGGAUGUGAAAAAGAAUGUAGACGAAGCACAGGUUCAAAAGAGUGAAGCAUCGAACACAAAUUGUGUCGAAGUCCCUGAGGAGUUAACAGGGGAGUCUGGUAUCGCAACAGGAACUGAUAAUAGAACUGUACCUUAUAUUACAACACAAUUCAGUAGUAGUGACAAAGGAGAUAACGUGACGGAGGAAAGGAAUGAAGGAUGUACUCUUGGCAGUCCUCUAGAUGGUGUCACUGAUGAGAAGAAUAGAGAAUUACAAGAAACGGAGAGAACUGAUAAUGGCAACAAGACUGCAGAUGAUAUUCUUGAGAACCUUUCUUUUCCUGAAGGAGAUCCAGCGUCUGAAGAGGAAGAUGCAGCGUCUAGCGAAGAUGAUUCACGAGAUAAUGAAGUAGACCCAGAAGAUAACGUUACCAAUAAGAGCAAACAAUCAACCUAUGAAAUAAAUACAUUCUACAACGACACCAACUACCCUUCUAAGCCUGUGCAAUAUGGGAAAAAGGUCCUGAAACAGCACGAUGAAUUGACUCCUGGGACUAUAUCGACUAUUGCCGCUGAAAGCAUCGUUUGGUUGGCCCCUCGUCUGGGACCCGUGCUAACCUCAAAGUACAUUGCCAGUCAGCUGCUGACUAUGUUACCACAUUGCUAUAUUGGAUACGUGGGUACGAACGAUGACGACGACGAUUUGAAGACAGUGAGCGACAGCAAUGCGAAAUGGGUACUUUUUUGUUUGAGUAAUUUCUGUACACUUUACGGAGAGGCGUUUUUGCUGAAUCAAUACUUGCCUUACAUUAAUAAAACGGUGAGUUAAAACGUUAGAAAACCUGUUUUAUUAGUGAUCUUAAAGUGUGUAACUUAUGAAAAUUGAUUUUUGAACUUUGGGUCAUUUUUCUUCUUCAUGCAUAAGUAUAUUAAAUUGUCCCUUCCAAGGAACUCUCCGGGGACUUCUUAGCGAACCCCUUAAAUUUUGAAAUAAUGUCAUUAUCAAUUUGAUGCUGGGGGGGGGGAAUGUCUAGCAAGCUAGCUGAGUUUCAAGGAACUCUCCGGGAACUCUUUAGCGAACCCCUCAAAUUUUGAAAUAAUGGUACUUUUAAUUUGAUGCUGGAGGGAAUGUCUAGCAAGUUAGCUGAGUUUCAAGGAACUCUCCGGGAACUUCUUAGCGAACCCCUCAAAUUUUGAAAUAAUGUCAUUAUCAAUUUGAUGCUGGGGGGAUAUCUGGCGAGUUGGCUGAAAGCUUUCCCAUGAGGCUCUUGGUACAUGGGCAACGAGCGUAUGAUACGCUAUCGAAGUUGUCAUGCAUUAUGGAAUGUUUUCAGUUUAUCAUAAAACAGUAUUGCCCUUUUUUUUUUCACUUUUAUUAGAUCAGAGGAGUUCAAACCAAGGUAACCCAAAGAGGUGAAGCUGCAUUGGCGGGGGUACUUUCACUUCUCAAGUACUGCAUUCCAUACUUAUCCCGUGACACUCUGGCCUCAAACACUGAAUCUCAGUUGAUGACCGGCAUCUUUCAGCCUGUCAUUCGCAUCCUGUCAUCUUACACCUUGACAUUUCCUGGCGGUUUUUCAGCGCGCCAGGCAAUCUGUCGUAGCUACAUCGAUGUUUUAACGGUGGUUUGCUUGAAACUCGAAAGAGAAUUUGCCCGAGAUUACAUGACUGCUCCUCUUCAGCAGUUUUUCUCAUGUUUUGAGCUGGAGCGCAUGAGGACCAUAAAAAUGAAUGAAAAGAAAGAGGGUUCCUCUCCUUUGACGUAUGAGAUAAGUUUUAACGAUGCCUUGGAAUUAGAAAGAGCUCCCGAGGAAAAAGAGGAAAAACACAUCUCAGGUUAGUAUUUAUAGAUCGAUAACAGACACUAAACCGUCGAUCGUUAACUCCGUUAGCGCGCUUUCAGAUCGGGUGCCGCAGUUAUCCGUGCGGUUAAUCAAAAUAAAGGUUAUCAUAACGAGGCGCCAGUAGGAACUGAGAGUAAACACAUCAAACCUGUCUCAAGCGCCAUCAGUUUUAGUUUUACAUCUGGUUGGCUGAAACGGUGGUGCAGUGUUCCCAGACCAAUCCCUGAACGAAAAAUAACAAAAGCGAAGCAAUUCUGGACACUUUCAAACUUCCUACAGUAAAAGGUAACUCGUCACUCUACUUGCGAAAUUACUUCAUCUCCAAAGUUUAACAGGUAAAAUGACAGAGAAAUGAAGUUUCCAAACACUUAAUAUCUGUUUUUUAAAAAUCAGAAGAAACUCUUAAAUUAAGUUUGCCUUUGUAUCUUAGCCGUGCUUGAGAAUGUUGACGGUAAACCAACCGAAGGAUACCUCUACAACUCGCCUGUUUAUGAAGAGUUGUGUCAGACAUUCAAUCCUGCCAUUGCUCACCACGCGUUUGUUCCGCUUUGCGGCAUCAUGGGAAGCAAAUACAUGGAGACCUCGCUGCACAAUCAUGACCUUAUAUGGAACUUGUGCUGCAGUUACGAUGCUCAACUGUCUCACCCUACGUGCGAAGAUAAUAGGGCGUCCGAGGAUGAAGAAGACGAAGAAGAAAAUGAAAACCACAGGGUGAAUAUUGGAACAUCUGAGUUGGAUUCUGAGACUGUGGAUGGAUCUCGUGGGGUGGAUAACUCACCAGAGGAGCAGUCUCAAGACAAGAAAGAGAGCAAGAAAAGGGAGAAAGUCAAGAAAAUUCCUAAGCCCCCAAUGUGGUUUAUUGGAAAAAGACUUGCCAAGACAAAGGAUGUACCUACCAGCCUGUAAGUCACAAUUUCUAUAAUGCAUUGAAAACUUUACUCUGUGGCAAGAGUUGCAUUGUACUUCCUUGUUGUUCAUUAUUUCAUGUCCGAUGGCCGGCCGCCACUCUUUAUUCAGGGUAGAAACUCGCCAGUAAUGUAUUUCUCUGAUUUGUAAUGAUAAUAGGACUGAGUGGAGUCCAAUUCGGUUUGUAAUCAUACCAGUGAUAACAAAAUCCGACGACCGUGCAUAAACACGUUUCAGUUAAUGCCUUUUCCUUGCAGCGAUUUGUUUAUGACGAGUAUAAUAACAGACCGAAUUGACGACAUGAAGUCUUAUACCAAUUAAUCAUAAAAAUUACAAUUUCUGAUGAAAGAAGAAUAGCCAAGUUAUGAAAGAGGGAAAAUUUGCCUUAAGAAGCUGACAGAGAAGGCGGAAAUUGUUAAAAGUUGCCCUGAAAUUAACUGCAAUCAAAUGAAUGUGAUUGGUUGAUUUAAACUACAAAUUUGAGUGUGAUUGGCUCAUUGAACUGUCCGAUAGCAAACUAUCCGAUAACAACUUGACAGGUGAAUUAUUGGAAAAUAUGAGUUUUUUAACCAGUCACAAUCGAGAAAAUUGUAAUUCUUAUGAUUACACUGAAAAGACGAUAGUAGCCUGUUUUGUGACUGAGAAAUUAGUGCAAAAUAAGAAGCAAUCACAGAAGAGGGUAAUGGUGAAUUUUACAGUUGUAUACCCUGUUGCCUAACCUUUGAACAGUAUUAAGAUCGCUUGCCACCUCCUUACGAUAAAGGAGAGAAACAUUUUGAGAUCAGCAAUAAUUUUAUUACAACAACGUGACCUUUACCUUGUAAACUGUGCCAACUGAGCACACAGCUUAUAAAACAGACGAUUUAGAGAUUACUUUUUUUUAUAUAAUUGCGUGAUGUUAUGAGGGAUUAACGUGGAGGAUCAAGAGAAGUGUCGAGAAAGGCAUGAUGUUUUUAACUUUAGGCGAUAGUUAAUCUUACCUCUAGGCCAUUUCCACACUAGCUUUCAUUUCGCCUUGUAAAUGACACGGAAUUCUCUUUGGUUCAUUAGACCGUCCUCUUCAUCGUCGGACCAAUAUCUACGCGGUAGCUGGCUAACGCAGUGGGAAAACCAACUCAGUAAGUGAACUUUAUUUGAUAACUUGAAAACGUGAGUAUACGUUAACAGUAACGCUAACUAUAAAUUGUGUUGUUGUAGUUUGCGUGUCUGAUCGUUGUCUCUUUUUGUAAUUGGAUUAAAAAGGUAGUUUCCUAGCAUGUGUAGGUGUCGUUGUUGUUUUCCUUUCCUUCCUUCUUUCUUUUUUUUAGUUUUUUUAAAAUUUAUUCUUUGCCAAAAUGAUAGUUUAAUUUGGUGACGUAAUACCCUACAAAUAACUGAAGCUAUGGGAUUUAGUCUGUAAUUUAAACCUCCUAAGCAGGAGAGUUCUCAAGUUCUCUCUACAAGAAAGUAAAAAAUUCCUAUCUGUUGAGGUGUUUUUGUGUUUCUUGAAUACUACUCUCGUUCCUUUAGGUUUGAAAGGAAAAGAAGGAAACAAAUUCAAUCUUCAACAAGUCAAACUACAAACCUUCACCGGUAAGGAUUUUUUUUUUCACAUAAAUUCUAAUUUCUCGAGUUCGGACAAGGACUAAUGAAGAAUAAUUUCACAGUAUUGCCUGUAGUUCCCUCAUCAAUGUUUUAAAAAUCAGCGUUAUAUUGGGCAGAAUGUAGGGCUCGAAGAACUGCGUGUUGUUACACACAUUCUUGAAUUCGCCCUUUAAUUUCAAGAACUGUCCAAUUUGAAACUUUUCUUCUCGAUUUCAUUACAUUAUCCAUGGUAGCUACCAUGUUAUAGCACCAUACUCUCUUGAUUACUCUACUUAAGAGUGUGUAAAAGAGGGGAGAAUUACUAACUCGAUCGUACACAUUUAAAAGUCAUCCUGAAGAAUGUCAGGCUGGGUUUUCUAGAAUAUUUCGAGACUUUUCAAUCAUGUGCUUUUCUCAGAAUGUUUGGUAGCUGAAUGCUCUUGUCUGGGAAAGCUUUUCACCGUUGGCAGCGGCCCCUGCCAGUGGACAGUUCUAAUUUUUCCAGAACAAGAUAUGUACUAAGACAGCUUCGCUAAACUCCCUCUAACCUUUUUAAUACCAUAAAUGGUUACUGGGCAGGUCACAAUGGACCCGCCCGUUCAGUCUACGUUCAGGACAGCGAGCAUUGUUUCUUGUCGGCCAGUAAAGAUAAGACUGUUAAGCUCUGGUCGCUUAGCAACCACGGUGAUGGCACCGCCCAAUCGGCAAGCUCGUGGACGUAUGCUCGGCACACACGACCUGUGUUCCACGUGAAUAUGGUGGAGUCCGUACGACAAGGCGUGUCUUGUGAUGGCAGUCUUCACGUUAGUCAUGAUUUUUAAUUUACUUUUCUUUUCCGCGCUUGAAUAGUUUUGUUAAUGUUGUUUAAAAAUUAAGUGUAUGUUUCUGCGAGUGCGUUGGUUGAAUGUUUCGUUCGGUUUAGGGCACAUGAAUUGAUUUGUUUCUGGUAUGUUGUUUUUUUCGUAUCUUCAUUCGUUCGCCUUAGAGCAUUUGAGUGCUUUUAUCUGCUACUCGGUUGGUCGUUCGUUCUGUGUUUUCGUUAGUUGUCGCGUCGGUUGAUUAGUUUACUCCUUUUAAGACGCUUACCUCUUGGUUCCCUGGGUCGUUGCCUUCGGUCUCUUGUGUUAGUGUAGCUUCGUUUUCUUUAAUUAAACAGACCCAAUAUGUCACACCUGCAGUUCGAGAGCCUUUUUAGCUGACACUAUGGUUCUCUACUUGUCGUUUGAACCAUUUCGCCCUUUGUUGGUUAUUGAUCUUUGAAUCCUAACAAUUGCAUCUGUGGAGCAACUAUUUGGUAUGUAUUUAUAUAUAGUGCAUUCGGGCUCAGAUGUUUUUUCUUCUGUUUAAGUUAUGGGAUGCGGUCUCCGAUCGUUGUCUUUGGGUCUACGACUACCCCAGGAACAAUCCUAUCGUUGCCAUAACAACACUUCCGGCUCCCAGCAAGUGUGUAGUGGCCGCCAUGGCUGAAGGAACUGCAAGGUAAAGACAACAACGACAAGGGAUUGAUACGGUAUAAUCUAACUGACAGAAAAAUACUACAAUCCUACCUACUCAACUUCUUUACUAAACAACGAGUGAUAUUCUUAAUAAGGAGCGACCCUUAAAGACAGUACAGUACUUGUCCUUGAUAAACUUACUUAAGCCCACUGCAUUCUAUAUCUUAGCUCACCACUGAGCCGAACUCUCAGUUUCUUCCAACGUUUCUUGAAAUUAGCGAUCUUUCACUGUAGCUCUCUCUCACGGUAUAGCUUUCUAAACAGCAACAACAACAACUACUACCACAUAACUGAGUCCUUAAAUACAUUCACAAAGUGUUCUGGAACAUUCCACGAGCUUACAGAAGAACUAUUAAGUCGUAUUACGUAGUAACUGCGUGACUUGAUAAAGUGGUCUAGAAAGUUCUAUGGUACGCAUGUCAGCAUUACUUAGCAGUCUAGAGAUUUCUAAAAGCUUAUGUGUACAAAAAAAAUUACUCAUAACAGGAUGGCUUCACUUGUCAAGACGAGCGGCUUAUUAGGAUUUUUGUUGGAGUCCAAGCCAGGUCAUUGUGUCAUAGUCCUGGGACAUAACACAAUGAGGCAGGUUACUCUCACAAUGCUUCUCUGCACCAAAUAGUGUUAUGUGAAGCAACCAACUGCCAGGGAAAUUGGAACUAUUUCUGCUGGCUACCUGCGUUACACAACAUCCCAUCGAUGAUUAGUAGUGAUAUUAUUAAUUAAUUAACGCUAUGGAAACCGAUACCAGUCUGAGUUUGGGCCAUCUGUUUCCUUUGGUUUAAUUUUUACUUUUCUCUUAACGGUACUAUUGGGAAAAGUCGUCAAUCAGUUUAACAGCAGAAUCCAAAGUUAGCGCUCAUAAAAAAAUAAUCAAAUAAAUCUAUGUGUAGAGAAUGUAUCUCCUUAUGCAUUGUGAUUAUUUGAUUCAUAGAAAUGUCAACGUAGGAAAAGAUUAAAAUUAUAUGUUGUUCUCAUUGCGGUUUAAGAUGUAUGGAAUAUGUUUAGUGUACAGGGCACUUUGAGUACACAGCCAGUUUAUCUCAAUGAAAAUCACCGUUAAUAUUUCUAUAAUUUCUUCUUGGCCUAGUUAUUAUUAUUACACAUACACUGGGGCAAUAAUGAUAAAGCACGCAGAAACAAGGAAGGUUGGGGAGAGAGAAAAUUUACCGUGAUUACAAAUGACAAACUUAAAAACCUCUGGCUUUAUCUUUUUUUCUGUAGAACCUUGACGCAGUUUGUUGCAACAACUUAUUCCUCAACAUGUGGUUUGUUUUGUCAGGUUUCUUGACGUUCGUCAGCAUAAAUUCGUCACAGAGUGGAAAAUAACAACCAGUAGUGUACCAGGUAUUCGAUCGGCUACUUUCAGUACGGGUGGACACGACCCAGGCAUACUGGGUCUACCGUAUUCGCACGUGUAUAGGCCGCACUUUUCCUCCAAAUAUAUUUUGUGCAAAAUGGGGGUGCGGCCUGUACACGGUAUAACUGAAAUCAGUUUCCCUCUUUCAUCAAGAGGCAAGGCCGCUAAGCUAUGUUUGCUCGUGUCCCCAAUCACGUACGCAACUUCACGCGAUCAUUACUGAGGAAAUAAAACAAAAUGUUAGUGUACUUAGAAUAUAAAUCUAGCAAAAAUUAUCCAGGUAUCUUUUUUUUUACCUUUUUUUAAACUUUAAGACCGUUUUGAAGAUGUGACUAACCAUUGUGUUUGCAUUUGCAAUGUUUGUUCGAUCGAUGGCAUACUAUGUUAUAUUAUUUAUCGUGAUGAAUUUUGUGAUAUAAACAAAUAUAUCUUGGUGGUAUGCGGCACUCGCCAGGCCUUUUGCUCUUUCGAGAAAACGUGAAAUUAUUUCUUUUCAAGAAAAUAUGGUCAGAAGUCGGGGUGCGGCUUAUACACGAGUGCGGCCUAUACACGUGCGAAUACGGUACUUGACGUCGAGGCUUACUGGUAAAAUUUCAGAGACAAGAACUUGAAAAAAAUUUCUUCUUAACUUUUGUUUUUCAGUAGGGUUCAUGACACAGUUGAAGAGCAUUCACGGGCAAGAAAUUUAUAGCACGAUGAAAAAAGGGAAACGAAACAAUUCUGACUGCUUGAGAAAUCUCCCAUUUGCUUUCUCACAUGCAAGUUGUCUUUGAAAUUAUCACCAUAAGCCGUGACUUGAUGUGUUCGACCUAGUUUUGCUAGGUCAGCUCUCAUUUUCGUUCAACAGAGUGUUGUUUCCCCUUUCUCUACACAUGCAUGAAUAUAUUUUAAAUUUCAUUUGAUCGUGAUAUGAAAGAAUUACUUUUAGAAAAUGACUGCUGUUCGAAUUUAACCCGGGAUGUGAUGGCCACUCUCUUUAGUACUUUACCGAGCUUUCAGCUGCUAAAUUGUCCAUUCUUAAAGAAAACACAAAUAUGUAAUGUAAACCUAACUCUGACGUAGAAGCUAACCUCAGGAAACUGCGCCAGUUAUAUGCUAAAUACAACCAAACUCUAACAUUGAGAGCUUUGGUUUACGGCACCGAACAACGUACUUUGUACGAUACCAUUGAGGAAUUGAGUAUCCUUCUACUGGAUGGAAUUGAGUGAUCACUGUUUCCUUAGCCCGAGUCCAAGCAUAGCAAAGGUUGACUAUUCAGUAGCUCAGUCGUGGUUUACCUUUAUUUUCCAAAGUCACCAAGUUUAUACUAUUUAGGGCCUGUUAGUGUUCCCGCGGAUUAAUGAUGAUGAUUAUUUUCUCUGGUUUGUUGUCUUUAGGUACUGUUCGUGAUGUUUGCUGCAGCCCUGAUGGGCGAUGGAUCGCUUUUGGCUUCUCAACUGGGCUGGCAUCUGUGCUGGACAUCAGAGGUGGGCUGCUUCGUAGUCAGAGGCGCGCUCACACUGGCGACAUCUUUCAGGUACAAAUCAUUUAUAUACCAUGUGUUGAUGUGAUGAAAUGGUCGUGUUUUAUAGAGUUGUAUGUCCUGUUUUGUUUGUUUGUUUCAUUGAAAAAAUAUCCUUCUGUGUAUUAUUGACAGUGUUAUUCACAGUCACAAGGAAUUUCCUCCCUCAAUUCUUUUACCCCUCGCUACUACAAAAGGAUGAAUGUAUGUUAGUCCCUCCCCAGGUACUCAAAAUAUCUUCUGGUAAUGCUUCAUUUUUAGUAAUGAUGUGGUAAGAUAAAUGCUCAAACCUGGGAAUACUUCAUUUUCCAUGUUUUAUGGUAUAAAAAAAGAAAAUGCGAUAGAAAAAAAAAUGUUCUCUAAAUUUUACCAACGGUUUCGUAGGUCAAAGCCUUUUCGAGCUCGUCUUUUAUAACAUCAUCAGUGGACUCUGGUUUAUCUUUGUGGAAGGAUGACGGUUUUCGCCUGAAAACACUAAAAGGUAACGCAUUUGCCAAUGCUCUUAGUAAUAUGAAGUGUUAGUUGCCUAAGGCCGCCUGAUAACAGACACAACCCCUCUAAGUCUUCUGUGGAUCGUUCCCAUCUUCCACGAGAACCCAAAAAUAACAAAUCAUGAGCCAUGCAUUUUUCUUACAUGGACAUCUCAUGCGACGUCUCCUCCGUUCUCCGACAAACAAUCCAAGCAAGACUAGCGAUGUUACUUUCACCAAAGCGAUGGGCAGUGAAGCCGCGAGAGGCUUGGGACGGAGAGUUUCUUUCUCACUCGCGGCCUUACUGCUCAUCGCCCAACGCAUACAGAACCGUUAGUGAACACAAAACUGCCAGCCACGCAUGUAACAUUUUUCGUAGUAGACCAGGUGUUUUUAUCAAGUUGAAAUUAUUUUCCUAGCUUGAACCUCUCCUGGUAGAGCCAUUUUUUGGGAUUUCUUUGGCUUUGCUUUGCUUCGCUUUAAGAUUGGUCUAUAAAACGUGUGCCUCUGUUUCAACCAACAAAAUGUAUUUUAAUACUAAUCCUGGUCAUGGUUACUCGUGUUUUCCCGCGCUUCAAGCAGUUUGCUUGUUUUUACUCUGAGUUCUCAUGCGUUCGUGGUGACAUCUUUCAUGAACACUGUUGUGAUUACUUUGCCUUUGGUUUUACAUCGCUCAAUCAAAAAAAGAUAAUUUCUUUUCAGAAUACGUGAUGAAAAGGGGUAGCCUGUGAAAACUUGAUAUCUUCUUACUCAGCUCAAUUUAAGUCGAUAACUUCAUGCUUGUUUUCUCUUUUGUUUGUCGGCUUUCCUUCUUUUUUCGUUUCACUUGUUGUGAAAGGUAGAUUCACAACCUCAGUCUUUCCGAAAUCAUGCAGCUUAAAAUGGAAUUGAUUAACGUUCGUAGAGAGUAAUUAUUACUUUUUAUCUGACAGGUCCUAGCGAUCCUCUCCCCUCUCUACUAGUGUGGGGAGAUCAAUUGAUUUCAGCCACUGUUGGCGGUAGAAUUGGUGUACACAGCUUACAGGAGGAUCAUUCUGAGGUAACGUUUCUUUUUUACUUUUUCAUUAUCGCCUGAUCUUUUUAUCGCUUCUCAGUUUGGUCUCGAUCAGCUCAGUCGUAGUCUUCAUUUCAUGAAGAAGAUUGAAAGAGAUUGUACUUUGGUUCUGAUGCUCUUUUAUGUCACCAGAGGAAUGUCUUAAUUGGUGGCUCAGUAUGCCUUGACCAUUUGCCUUCAUUUCUUUUCACUUACUUCCUCUUUUCCAAACCAAUGAAAUUCUAUACCUUAGUAGAUUCUGUCAGUUUAGAAUUUAAGGCUGCAAGGCCAACGUUCAUUCAAAGUCGCUAUUUUGCAACCUAAAAACAGAAAGGCUUGGCUUAUUACUAUGUGAAACAUACGUCAUGGCCUCGAGACUAAGAUCUUGCUGUCGGGCCCUCAUCCACUCGGUUAUUAGGUACAUGAUAUUUUACUGAUAUACUAACUUUGUUCUUUGUUACACCCUAUUUACCUUAGUUAAAGCCCAAUGAGCCAGAAUUUCACUCAACUAUAACGUUAGCUGGUAGUCACUUAUGUGAUAAUUGCAAUCUCGCCCCUAGGGCAUUCUCGGUCAUUUUUCAAUGUGUGAAAGGCCUGUGGGCAUGAGAUUACGAUUAUUUUACCGAGCUUGUCUUUAUGUCAUCGUUUUGUCUUUAUGUUCUUAUCACAGGACCCUUACAUCAGUUAUAAGCUGAGCAGCGAUGUGUUCCGUGGCAAUAUCACGUGUCUUGGUUACCUGCCACUCAAUAGGCUGCUUCUGAUUGGUAACGACACAGGCAACAUUGUGCUCUGUUCCUAAAGCAACAGUUCUUUUAGAAAAACCCUAAAACCAAAUUAUACAUAUUGGAUCCUUUUAUGAGUAGAAUGUAAAACGAUGAUGCUCGGGAGUAAAUGUCGGAAUAAAGUAUAUUUCAUUUCAAAUUUUCUGUAAUCUGUAAAUGUUAAGAACUUUUUUGUUGCCACAUAAUCUGAGUCAAUCACAGAAAUCAGUCAUCAGAAAGGAUUGGAGAGCAUAAACAGGAUUAAAUGUAUAAUUCAUGGACUGUUAUAUGAUACUUACCAAAACCUUUUAGAGUUAAUCAGCUGAUUUUGUUACAUCUGUCAAGUCGUUGCAUGUCUUACUGUUACCUUACAGAAUUGAAUUAUUCGUGUUUGUGUUGCAAAAGCAAUUAUCGUUUUAGGCAAAUAUAUUACGUUUAAAUACUGUCAUUUGUGAAAUGUCAAUUACUAUUUUAUAGAAAUGAAUCUAAUAGUCAAAGAGAAAAAAAAUUAUUACAAAUUUAUCAAAUUGAAGUUAUGUAACAUUGUAAAAAAGCUUGCUAUUGGAAAAAAUAUCAAAUCAAAGGGCGCCUGUAGCUAACUCGUGGAUAAAGUAUUAAAGAGAUAUAUACUUGUAAAGUUGCUAUCAGUAAACUUAAGUGUUAAAAAAAAGGUAGAAAGUAGAACCAUUGCAAGUAUAGAUAUUGUAGUACUUAGGUAUGUGAUGAAACCCCCCACGGGGGGGGGUACAUGGGUCAUUUUUUGCUGGGUAUGUGCAGCUGACUUCUCAGAACCUCUGCCGCACUUUAACCUAUAUUGAGGCCAAUUAUAGACCCCAUCUUUGUCUGCUUUUAAGCAAGAUCGGAAUGGAAUGGGAACCGUUUAUUAAAUAUUAUAAAAUAAUUCAAAUAGUGCGUGCGC